GUGCACUAGUAAAUGUCCAUUAGACAUAAGCAGUAGAAGGGAGAAGAAGUACUUUGCUGCAUACCGAGACGUUUCUGUGUUACGUGUGACGUAUGAACCUUUCGUGAGGCCAGUUGCGGUGAUAUUUUUUUUUUUAUUCUUUCCCCUUACCCGUAAUUUUUAUAUUUCUCUCAGCGGGAGUCGUGCGGAGUAAACGUGUAGUGCCUCGCGUGUCUCGUCUCUUAUUAUGUGAGAGUCAACGCCUGCGACAAGUGCAUCAACAGUCAUCUUAAUUUGUUAUUUGUCACUGCUUGAUUAUUCAUCCAUUGAAUUAUUAUCGCUGAGGACAGCAUUACACAGCUCGUUGUCGUGGAAAUUACAUGAGUCGACAGUGUUUUAUAUCAACUCUCAGCUAUGUGGAUCGGUUGUGUGUCAAUGACGUGGACAUGAUGGAUUAUCACCUCUGAGGAUUGAGUAAAUAUUGUUAGAGAUGGGGAUUGAUGAUGAUCUAGUCACUGUACUUCGCGAUCUCGUGGAGUUUUUGGAAACGUUGUGCGACGUCAAAUUGCCCGAUUCCCUCGAGCAUGUUCGCUCUGAUCUGCUCAGGAGAUCGCGAACUAGCCUGGAAGUUCGCACUCCAAACUCGACAACACUGGAGCCAUACCUGGAGAUGAAGCCGGGAAAGGGAAAAGCUCUGGUGCUACCGAAAUUCAAUAAAUUAGAUGACGCCAUUCUAACGGAGUAUAUUGAUGCCGAUCAUCAGGCUCCGUCCGUCCAAGUAUCCUCAGAGUGUCAGAAUGAGUAUGAAAGCUUUGGAAAUGCCCCGGUGAACCCUACACCAGUGACUGAGGAGGAGAAUGACGCCGAGGAACAGUUGAAAAUUAUCUACAGGAGCUUUUCCGCGGAACAGACGAGGAGCAAGUGCCACAAGUGUGGACCUCUUCAGCAGUUGAAGGAUGAGAGGAAUAUUUUCAUGAAGAGUGUGCUGAGGGAGAGACCGUGUUGGAUUGGCAUAGUUGGUACCUACUUACUCACCUACGACAACAAAGACGCCAAGAAGCCCAAGGAAAUAUCGUCAAUCCGAGGUUUCUCAGCUCGCCCAGCCCCAACUCUACUAAUCUCGGAUCCCGACCGUUCAAAGUCGGUAUUCGAGGUGUUCUCCCCAGGAAGUAAAACCCUGCAAUACAUCGGGCGAGCGCCAAAGGACAUGGAGCAAUGGGUAGCAGUGAUAAACCGUCUGGGAACAGGUUCUCAGACUGAAAAACCGAACAUUGAGAUCCAAGCAGCCCUCUUCGAGCAACUAAUUCCCAGCUUCGAAUCAAACACCUCAAUUUCCGAGGAGCAAUACCAAGACAUUGGACUAGCGACCGACUCCUUCAAAGGUAGAAAGACACCAGAGAAGGCGAAAAUCCCCAAAGAUCUCGAGAAAGAAGAUAAAUCACCAGAGAAAUCGAAGACUGCUCCAUCGAGUUCGCCCCCUCCACUUCCAGCUAGGAUACCCAGAAGACUUCCAUCCCUUCCUCAGACACCUACCCCCUGCACUUCCACCUGCGAUGACAUGACUGAAGAGAAAGACGACAUUUACUACUCAAUCGAAGAAAUGAAAGCCGGAACAACUUACAUCAAUCUCAAGCCCCUGAACAAGAAAGCGAACUCCACUCCCGCAACCGAGAAACAAGAGAUCGAGCUCUACGACGACAUCCAGGGGAUGGAACCGAAGCCCCUCACUGCCGAGGAAAAAGUCGAAACCUACGACGAAGUGGGAACGAGCGAGGGCAAGAAGAGGGAGAAUACACGAGACUCACCGAAGAAGAAAUCCUUCUUCAACAGGUUCAAAGGACAAAAGGAAUCUCCGAAGAAGGAGGACUCGAAGAAGAAGGAAAAGCAGAAUGUGAUAGAGACCUCGAGACCUACUGACCAAGAGUUGCCGACGUAUGACGAUAUCCAGGGAAUAUCACCCGAAACAAAAAUAAGCGACUCCCACGUGAUCGAGGAGCAGGAGAAUUACACGUGUCCCCCUGCACCUAGACCAGUUUUUGUGGAUCCACCCCUGCAAAUUGAGGAAGAGAUUUACGAUGACAUUGGACACAUACGUGAGACUGAACGAAAUGAAUCAGCCGUAAUCAGUGAUAAUUGCGAGCUUGAGCACUAUCAAGUGCCCAGGGUACAGGACCCAAUUGACCUGGGUCAAUUAAACGUGGCGAAUGAGGAAGAGUUCUACGAUGAUGUGGCUAUUCGGGAUCAUUUCAGAGCGAGGCAACGAGACUCCGCAUGUUCCUCGUCAUCGUCUGAGAAAGCUGUGAACAAUGUUGCCAAGGUUUGGAGCCGAUUUGCCAGUGGAAAGAAGAAUAAUGAUAAAAAUGGACUCAAGAAGAAUGGGAGCGAAGAGGGCCUCGAGGGAGGUGUAGAGUCUGGAGAGGAUGGCAACGAUCCUAAAGUCAAUAAAUUCCAUAAACUUAAGAGCAAGAUGGAGCAUGCCUUGAAUAUAACUGGAAAACCACCUAUUCCAUCGUUCACCAACAGAUACGACGGUCAUUAAUUAGUCAGUAUUCACGAAUGCGAGAUAAAACGGCGAAAAUAGUUUAAAGCGCAUGGAUUGAGAAGCUAAUUAGUGAUUAAUGACAAUUUGAUUGAGUGAUAUUAAUUUUAUUUCGGUAACAAAUGUCUCUCUCUAUUAAAUUACACAAUUAAAUUCAGUUGCAUUCAGUCGGAAAUGAGAAGACAAUCUUCAUUCCAGGAGAUACUUAAUUGAUAUUUUUCAAUCAAUUGCCGCAACAUUUGUGCUGCUCGCCAAUUAUUUUAGCAAAAAUCUCUGAUACUAGUGUUUUCAUACGACCUAGAAAUGCCAUCACAACUUCUGAAUACACAUCAAACUUUUCAAUUCCCCAUUUCUGGUACUCCCCCACCGGUAAUGUCGUCUGAUUUUCAAGAUAGCCAACGAUGAAAGCUGAGUAGUGUGAAUUCAUUUUCGGAAGAAGAAUUAUUAUGCAGAUCGAUAUCAGUCCUAACACGAUAAUGAAUGAGAAUGUUGCAGACAACAGUGAGCACCCGCUGUCCCCCUCACCUAAAAAUAAUCAUUCCAAUUAACCAAAUGAAUCUUGAAGAGAAAUAAUGUUGUUGGAACAACACUCCUGGACUUCUCCCAUUAUUUUUGACUCUAUAAAUAAAUUGGUGAUUCACCUUCUGAUGAUGAUUCACCCGAUUUCCCCCUGUUCCGUUCACGAAGCUGAGAUGUGUGAUCAAUAGCCCCCUCAUGACUCGCUGAAAUUUUUCCAUCACCAUCCUUCUGAUUCUGUUUCUCAUCCUUCACAUUAUUCUUCUUUUUCUUCUUCUUUUCUUUUUUAUUCGUUGGAGCAGGUGCACUUGCAGCUGUCGAUGCUUCAUUUCUUCUUUUCUUCUCCUCCUCGACGGUUUGCCUGAUUCGACUCAGGUGCGAUACGAUACUACGAGCACACUGCACGCAUUCGGCAAGAUUGUUGCAUGGGCCAGCUACACUGGCAACAGCUGAUGUCAGUGGAUUGUCUUUUAGGUCCAACCAUUUGAGAUUUUUCAAAUCACCCAUGCUCAGCGGCAAUCUACUGAUCUAUGACCCAAAUUCCCAAAUCAGUGGCACUCCACAAUCAGUCAUCGAUUUCUGAUACGUAAUGUCAUUUCCACAGCAAAAUUUUAAUAAAAUAAUUGAGAAAAAAUAUAAGAAAAUUUGGAGACCAAGAAAUCUGACUCAUUUUUUUUUUCUCCAAAAAAAUCUUGAGUUUAAUUGUCGAAGAAAAGAAUGUUUAUGUGGAGUCAACAUUUGUUGCAUUGUGGCAUAAAUUAUGAAGAGUACUACUCGAUAAAUAAACUUCACCUGAUUGCUGUACAAA